AUGGGAUCGUUCGGGAUGCUUUCGAGGAGAACAUUGGGCACUGAUACCCCCGUCAUGACUCAGAUUCGGAAAUUAAUGGCGGAAUUGACAAACCCCAUGUCUCUUGCUCAGGGAGUGGUGCAUUGGCAGCCUCCUCAAAAGGCCUUGGAUAAGGUCAAGGACAUUGUCUGGGAUCCUAUUGUUAGUUCUUAUGGUCCCGACGAAGGUAUUCCCGAGCUUAGACACGCUCUUCAGAUUAAGCUGCGUCAAGAAAACAAGCUAACUGAAUCAGCAGUGAUGGUCACCGCAGGUGCCAAUCAGGCGUUUGUGAAUCUUGUUCUUGCACUAUGCGAUCCUGGUGAUUCAGUUGUCAUGUUCCAGCCCUACUACUUCAAUGCCUACAUGGCCUUCCAGAUGACUGGAGUUACCAACAUCAUCGUUGGUCCUGCCCAUCCUGAUACUCUCUACCCCGACGCAGACUGGUUAGAGAGGACAUUCUCUGAGUCUAAACCGACCCCAAAAGUUGUAAAUGUUGUGAAUCCUGGUAACCCAAGCGGCACCUAUGUCCCUGAACCGCUUCUCAAGAGGAUUUCAAAGAUAUGCGAAGAUGCAGGGUGUUGGCUGAUUGUAGAUAACACAUACGAGUAUUUCAUGUAUGAUGGUUUAAAACAUUGCUGCGUUGAGGGAGACAACAUAGUUAACGUCUUCUCCUUCUCCAAAACAUAUGGCAUGAUGGGUUGGAGGCUUGGCUAUAUAGCUUACUCAGAGAGACUAGAUGGGUUUGCGGCAGAGCUCUUGAAAAUUCAAGACAACAUCCCAAUCUGUGCCUCCAUAAUAUCUCAGCGCCUGGCUUUAUACGCACUAGAGGAGGGUGCUGGGUGGAUAACAGAAAGGGUAAAGGGUCUGGUGAAGAACAGGGAGAUUGUUAAAGAGGCGCUUGAGCCGCUGGGGAAGGAGAACGUCAAGGGAGGAGAAGGAGCGAUAUACUUGUGGGCAAAACUGCCGGAGGAACAUGGAGAUGAUUUCAAGGUGGUGAGGUGGCUGGCUCACCGUCAUGGAGUUGUGGUGAUCCCGGGGAGUGCAAGUGGUGGUUCAGGGUAUGUCAGGGUGUCGUUUGGAGGGUUGAAGGAGGAAGAAAUGAGAGCUGCUGCGGAGAGGCUGAGGAAAGGAUUAGAGGAGCUGGUUCACCUUGGAAUGGUGGAGUGAAUUGUUUGUUAAGAAAAGAUGGUUACUUUGCGUAUUACUGAAAUUAUUAUAGUUUUUAAGACUACUAAUAAAAGAGUGUUUCUAUAUCUGAUUCAAAGUCAUUUUGUAUUUAAGAUCAUUUUGUAUUGGAAACUAAUUAAAUGGUGUGUUCCCUUUAGUGUGUA